CAACUCCAAUCCCUAGGCGGUUGAGCCGCCGCCCGAAAAAUUGGGUGCAACCAAAUUUAGAGGGAAGGUCACCCCGCCAGUUACAAUCGAAAAGCUCAGUCUGUUCUGUUCCAAUCUCAAAGACAAUGAAAGAAGGCGAGGAAGAGACUACUGAGUUCGUCACUCCAGGUGAAGUUCUCGGAAUCUUUUCCGACUUCAGACCUGGAAGAGGCGCUUAUGUCUUCAACAACACUGUUUAUGCUUCUCUUUCUGGUUUCCGCCGCACUAUUCCUCCUCCCACCGACUCUUCGGAUCUAAGAUCAACUGUGGAAGUGACUGGUCAUAAGGCCCAUGGUGCUGUUCCAGCUCCUGGAUCUAUUGUCAUAGCUCGAGUCACAAAAGUAAUGUCUAAAAUGGCAUCAGCUGAUAUCAUGUGUGUUGGUCCAAAGUCUGUGAAAGAGAAGUUUACUGGAAUUAUAAGGCAACAAGAUGUUCGAGCAAUGGAGAUCGAUAAAGUAGAUAUGCAUUUGUCAUUUCGUCCUGGUGACGUUGUGAAAGCUCUUGUUCUUUCUCUUGGAGAUGCAAGGGCCUAUCAUCUAUCAACUGCAAAAAAUGAACUCGGCGUGGUCUCUGCAGAGAGCACAGCAGGUGCAGUGAUGGUUCCCAUAAGUUGGACAGAAAUGCAGUGUCCAUUAACAGGCCAAAUUCAGCAAAGAAAAGUAGCCAAAGUUGGAGGAUGACUUGCUUAACUGAGACAACGCUGUUCCUUUUUCUUUUUUUCCAAUAUCAUCUUAUUUUUCUUUUCAUUUUCAAUACUAGUUUCUCAUUUAUAAUGUCGAGUAUCGAGUUUAGAAAAUUGCACAUUGAAUUAUGGUAAUUGUAUACCAUUUAGAGGGGUCCUUAAUUUUCAUAUGGUAUUGUUGAUUCAGGAUAGGAGGAAGAUGAUUAUUAUUGUAACAUUUAUUUUGUAUGAUCGAAAAUAUAUAAGCAGUUUACCUAACUGUAUUAUAUAAAGGAGGGAUAUCUUCUAAUGUUGUUAUACA